AUGUCAGCCAAACCAGCGUGCGGUUCAGACGAAGUGGAACCACGGGACCGAAGUCGAUCGGUCCAAGCCACCCAGCCCGCUUUGAAGGUCGCAACGGUGCGCCUCACAGCUACCAACGAGGAACAUGCAUCCACACAGGAAGUCUUGGCUCGUGGAAGCCCCGGGGCGUGUUUCCGGAAGUUCUGGAAUCUGGAUGAUGUUCACCGGUGUCUGGCUUUCUGCAUUCGGGAUGGCAGCGAUGAUAUCGAGCCCCGUUCCAGUCUUCACUUACCGUCCAUCGUCUCAACUGCCUCUGAAAUGCGUUACUACUCCCUCUCCCUCUCCCUCUCAUUUGCGGCCUUGGCUGCUGUCGCUUCUGCGGCCAACCUCGCCGACUAUGAUCCUCAACCUGGAGUCCAGGAAGAGUUCCGGCCGUUCUUCCAAGCGCUUGUAGACGCCGCCGAGGACCCCGCCGUCACGACUGGAUACACGGACUACUUCCCGGCCGACGGCAUGCAAACAACCUUGACUCUCCACUGCGUCGGUGCGAGCGGCAUCCAGGCCUGCAAAGAUUACUUUCUGCAGGAUGGGAGACAGCUGGUGCACUGGCCGAACACGACGUUCGUGGUCGAUAACAACGCGACCGCCACGGUGUACGAGGCCCACGGCCGAAUCGAGAACACCUACGUGGAUGGAAACUGCUCGCAGAUCUACUAUAAGACGCAGUACACCGUCCUGAAGACGGAUCAGAGGGUGGACGCCCCUCCCAACCUGUCCCUGAAGCCGGAGGGCCAGGUCUACUGGUACCACGACUACUACAUGUCCCCGACGACCGUGCCAUCCGAUAUCCCCUGCGACAGCCUCAAGGCCUGA